CGCUCUAUACGUUUUUAUUCUAUAACCACGUGCCCACUCCCGGAAGUCAGAAGUCGUCACCGACGUCACAAUCCUCACGGCGCGAAAACUAUGCGCUUCACGUCUUUGCUGCAGAACGACAACACGAAACCGAGGCUAAAAUGUCCAAGAUUAACAAGAUGAGCAUCCUGGGGGUGAGGAGCUUUGGGGUUGAGGACAAAGACGUGCAGGUCAUCUCCUUCUGCACUCCUCUGACUGUGCUGGUUGGACCCAAUGGAGCAGGAAAGACGACUAUUAUUGAAUGUCUCAAAUAUGCAACAUCGGGGGAGCUUCCUCCUGGAUCUAAAGGAGGUGCUUUUGUUCAUGAUCCAAAGGAUGCGCGUGAGACAGAUGUGAGAGCACAGAUUAAACUCCUAUUCACAGACGUGAAUGGAGAGAAAGUCACCGUCCAGCGCUCGAUGUCUUGCACUCAGAAGGCGAAAAGCUACACCUUUAAAAGCUUGGAGCAAGUCAUCAGUAGAAAAAAAGAUGGAAAAGCCGUGAGUUUGUCAUCAAAGUGUGGUGAUAUGGACCGGGAGAUGAUUUCUGCGUUGGGUGUAUCAAAGCCUGUGCUGAAUCAUGUCAUUUUCUGUCACCAAGAAGAGUCUAACUGGCCACUUAGUGAAGGCAAAGCUCUCAAAGACAAGUUUGACUCCAUCUUUGCUGCGACCAAAUACAUCAAAGCUCUAGAGACGAUGCGGCAGCUGCGUCUCUCGCAGAACCAGACGGUCAAAGAAUGUCAGGUAGAGCUGCGUUACCUGAAGCAGAACAAGGAGAAGGCCCAGCAGAUAAGAGAAACCGUUUCCACCAAAGAGGCUCAUCUGAUGGCCUCUAAGGAUAACGUCCAGCAAAUAGAAAGAGAGAUUGAUCCACUAGAGACUCGACUCAUGGAUAUUGACACAAAACUUGGAAAAGUGAUGAGGCUCGACAACGACAUUAAAGCUUUAGAGAGCAGGAAAAAACAGAUGGAGGAAGACAACAGAGAGCUGGAGGAAACAAUGGAACAGGUGUUCCAGGGCUCAGAUGAGCAGCUGCAGGAGAUUUACCAGAACCACCAGAGGACAGUAAAGGAGAAGGAGCGGAGGCUGAAGGAAUGCCAGACGGAGCUGGAGAGAGCAGGCCGGGAGUGUCAGAGACUCAACAGGGUCAAGGCUGAGCUCCUCGUGGAGCAAGGCCGUCUUCAGCUGGAGGCAGACCGACACACACAAUACAUCAAAAACCGUGAUACUCAGGUUCGCGCUUUGUCAUCUUCUCUGGAGAUGGAGGGAUAUGACCGGCCUCCCUUUGCCACCCAUCAGCUCGAGAGUUUUCAUCGUCUUGUUUCUCAGAGACUUGAGCAGGAAAAACAGACAUUCACCCAGGUUUUGGCAGAUCUACAAGAAAAAGAACAGCAGAAGCAGCAGUGUAUUGACGAAAUGAGGGAUAAGAAGACCGGCCUGGAGAGGACAGUUGAGCUGAAGAGAGACCUGCAGGGCAAGAAGCAGCAAGAACUGAGGAAUAUUAAAACGGAGUUGCAGCGACUCGAGGGUUCGUCUGGUCGACUUCAGGAUCUGGAGAACGAACUGGCUGAACAGGAGCGAGAGCUUAAGAGCGCAGUGGAGAACUCCAAUGUGGAUGAGUUGAAGGCAGAGGUUGCUGACCUUCAGAGAGAGAAAGAGGAACUUGACCGUGCUCAGAGGCAGCUGGACCAAGAAAUGGAAACGCUCCACACACAAACCACCGCACGCACGCAAGUGGAAAUGCUGAAAAAAGACAAGAUGGACAAGGAGGAGCAAGUACGUAAGAUCAAGUCUCGUCACAGUGAGGAUCUUGUGUCAUUGUUGGGGCAUUUUCCCAAUAAGAGGGAGCUGGAGGACUGGCUCUAUGCCAGGUCUAAAGAAAUUAACAAUACCCGAGACAAACUUGCCAGACUGAACAAGGAGCUGGCAUCAAGUGAGCAGAAUAAAAGCCACACUGCUGCGGAGCUGCGUAAGAAGGAGCAGCAAGUAACCAGUGAAGAAGAACGGUUCUUUAAUGUGUGUGGAAGUCAGGAUUUGGAGCAGGACUUGGGCAAACUGCAGGAAGAUCUGGAAAAGAUAUCCAAACAAAGAGCCAUGCUAGCUGGAGCCACAGCAGUGUAUACCCAGUUCAUCAGCCAGCUAACGGAGGACAGAGAACCAUGCUGCCCCGUUUGCCAGCGCACGUUCCCUUCGGAGUCUGAUCUGCAGGAAGUCAUCAGCGACAUGCAGUCCAAACUGCGCCUGGUGCCAGACAAGCUGAAAAACACAGAGCAGGACAUGAAGAAGAAGGAGAGAAAGAAAGAUGAGAUGAUGGCUCUUCGACCCAUCAGGCAGUCAAUUCAACAGAUUCAAGAAAAAGAGUUGCCAGAGCUGAAAAAUCGUCUACAGAGUGUGAACAGAGAAAUUGAGAGGCUUAAGGAUGAGGUGGAGAAGCAGGAAACACUGCUUGGUACCCUGAUGUCAGAGGAGGAAACGGCCAAGGCCUGCCUCCAGGACAUCUCUCUCAUGGACAGAUACCUGAUGGACCUUAAGGAGGUAGAGAGGAAAAUAGCUCAGCAGGCAGCAAAGCUCCAGGGAGUGGACCUGACCAGAACCGUUCAGCAAGUCAGUCAGGAAAAACAAGAAACCAAGUACAAGCUAGACACCACCUCCAGCAAAAUAGACCUGAAACGUAAGCUGAUCCAGGACCAGCAGGAUCAGAUUCAGACACUGAAAAGUGCUGUGAAUGAGACGAGAUCAGAAAAACUCCAGCUGAGCAGUGAUCUGCAGAAGCAGCAGCAGCUGGAGGAGCAGUGUGUCGAGUUCACCACCGAAAUACAGGCCUUAACCAGGGACAUAAGGGACGCGAAGGAGCAGCUGUCCCCUUUGUCUGCUACUCUGGAGAAACUACAGCAGGAAAAGCAGGAACUGGUGGAGCACAAGAGACAGAGACAGGAAGAGGGGCAGGAGAAGGUCAGUGGCAUUAAAGAGAGAGUAAAGGCGAUCAACACGUUGGAAAGAGAGAUCUCCAAAUACACGAAUGAGGGCAAAGACGAAUACAAAGAGCAAAAAGAGGCUGAGCUUCAUGAAACCAACGCUCAACUACACGAGGCUGAGAAGAAUAGAGAAAAGAUCAACAAGGAGAUGGGAAAUAUUCGUCAGGACAUAGACACACAAAAGGUGCAGGAGCGCUGGUUGCAGGACAACCUGACCUUGAGGAAGCGCAUUGAGGAGCUGAAGGAGGUUGUGGCCAAGCAUGAAGCUCUUAUGAAAGAUAUGGGCAACAUGCAAGUUCUGCAGCUACGCCAAGAACGUCGUGAAGCAGAGCGAAAGCUGGAGGACCUGAAAAAGAACCGCAGCAUUGCGGUAGGUCGUCAAAAAGGCUUUGAAGAGGAAAUACUGCAUUACAGAAAAGAGCUGCGAGAAGAACAGUAUGCCAAAGCUGAAGAGCUCCACAAAAACAAGAUGAUCAUAAUGAGAACCACAGAGCUCGUCAUUAAGGACCUGGAUCUCUACUACAAGGCUCUUGAUCAAACCAUUAUGAAGUUCCACAGCAUGAAGAUGGAUGAGAUCAACAAGAUUAUUCGAGAUCUAUGGCGCAGUACCUACAGGGGUCAAGAUAUUGAGUAUGUGGAAAUAAGGUCGGAUAUGGAUGAAAAUGCAUCUGCUGGAGUGAGACGGCGAGUUUACAACUACAGGGUUGUUAUGGUCAAAGGAGACACAGCUUUAGAUAUGAGAGGACGCUGCAGUGCCGGCCAGAAGGUUUUGGCAUCACUGAUCAUCCGUCUUGCUCUGGCAGAGACCUUCUGUCUGAACUGUGGGAUUCUGGCCCUGGAUGAACCCACCACCAACCUGGACCGGGAGAACAUCGAGUCACUGGCACAUGCACUUGUGGAGAUCAUCAAGAAUCGCUCUCGCCAGCGCAAUUUCCAGCUGCUCAUCAUCACCCACGACGAGGACUUUGUGGAGCUGCUGGGACGAUCCAGCUACAUCGAGCACUUCUACCGUAUCCGUAAGAACCAGGACCAGAACUCUGAAAUCACAAAGUGCAGCAUCACGUCCCUCUCAUCGUAUCUCCAUUGAGCAGACAAAUGACUUAUUUGGAAGAAAGUUGUGUUUAGGCUGGUUCAAGUUAUUGUUCAAUGUGUUUAUAAAACAACACAAUGUAUCAGUUUUUGAAGCAAUAGGAAACUUUGUAGUCACUCCUGCUGUCUGCCUGGGUAAGUUAACUGUUGGCCAAGAAUCCUAACAUUUCCUAACCAAAGUUUCAGCGGGGUUCAUAAUGCAGUGGUUCAUAAUAUGAAACCGUACUGAAAUAAUCUGCAGAACUGCACUGUCAUCAACAAUCUUAGAAAUCAACUAAGGCUUUGUUUAAAGGUUCUUUGUGUGAAGUCAACACAUGCAGCUUUAGUGCUGUUGUCUGAUGUCUGAAAUGAUGUGGUUUAACUCAAGACAUUCAAUUCUGUUGGACCUAAAUAAAAAAACUCUUUAAUUGCAAAAAA